UCGGUGACUACUCUUACUAUCGACACGGUACAUAUCGAUAUUCAUAAUUUUACAGAUACGCAAUCGUUGUCGUUCAUCGAUAAUUGAUAAAACAAUUCUCGUCGUUAAUAUUCUCCAUAUAGAUAAUGUAUAAAAAGUAAUAAAUAAAAAAUGAAAUUAUUUCAUUUAGAUCUUUAUUCGAUUUAGUUGAACCAUUGAACUCGGUUUACUGCAUACGUACAUGCAACGACGAUAAAUUAACAAAUUGUUGUUAAAAGUUAACAAAUGUAAUAAUAUACACUUGCAAAGUUGUCUACGUUGAUCGAUAGAUUAAAGAAAAGUAAAGGAGGACACGAUGAAGAAAUAUAAUACAAGAAAGUGAGAGGAAGUUUUGUAUUUGUUAGUUAAAAAAGAAAAAAAGAAUAAACGAGGUAAUUAAUAAAUUUCUCGUACAUACGGAUUGUGUGAAAAUGACUGGAUAAUCGGUAAAAUUAUGGAUGAAAUUAAUUAACGAUCCAUUUAUCGUUGUUAUUGAAUCAAUAUGGAUUCUUCGUCGAUUGAUAUUGAACAAUCGGAUCAUCCUUAUCGUUUAGAUGGCAAUAUAAUUGUUUCUAAUCGAACAGUAACUGCAUUGGAUAUAUUUUGUCUAACUUAUACGGAAACAUUUGAAUUUUUGGCGGCAGGAUUAUCCGACGGUACCGUACAAUUGCAUAAAACUCAUAACGGCGAGAAAGCCAGGUCCCUUUGUGACAACGAAAUAAUACAAAAUCCUGGAUCAGUAACGGCUAUCAAACAUAGGCCCGUCCAACAGACACAUCCGAUAACUCACACUCUCAUCGCUACUUACAUAAAUGGAUGCGUCAAAUCUUGGCAUUAUCCAAGUUCGCAAUGCCUCUACACAAUAAGAGAGAACCGACAAAUUCUUGGUCUGGCCUAUCAUCCUAAUCUACCGAAAUUCGUAACGGUUGGUGACGACACGAACGUCUGUUUGUACGACGAAGAAACGAAGACUCAGGAAAGAAUGUUCCACGCUAGUGAAACCAUGGAAAAGAUGGACGGGCACAGGUCUCGCGUAUUUGCUGCCUGUUUUAAUCCAAAAUCAGCGCACGAGAUCAUAAGCGGCGGCUGGGACGACACCAUUAUGUUUUGGGACUCUCGGCAACCUUACGCUCUCCGUUAUAUAUCGGGUGUUCACAUCUGCGGAGAUGGCAUUGACAUAAGUCAGAACGGAAAGGAGUGCAAUGUCGUAAAUCGUCGAUACUCUACGUCUACGCUCGAACGAUCCGUGAAGGAAAAAAAGUCGAAGAAACGAACGCGAUAGAAGUCUUGAGCGGUGUCGAAGCCGAUGUAUAUUUCAAAGAGACUCGUCUGGAAGGGAGACGACGACGCCACGUCUGCGAUGUACCAAACGACCCACGUCAUUCCGACGUCUAAUAUCGGCGAUAGAGGAGAAGAAGAAGAAGGAGAAGAGAAAAUGGUCUUUCCAUCAGUGAAAAAGCCUUUUCGCACGCAGCUGUUACUCGUUGUGAAAACGAUUUUCCUCCGGAUAGCUAGGAUUUACACGCUCGUGCGUGUCUAUUACGUGUCCAAUAACGUUCCACGUCUAUCACGCGAAUGUACACCAACUAUUGUAUAUAUAGAUACGUUAUACAGAGAGUUACUUCUCUCGCGUGAUACACACGCGUAUCGCGUAACGAGAAUUCGUCCAUUGAAAAAUUAGACUAUUCCAGAAAAAGUAAACGCAAACAAUAAAUAUUAUAUUGCGAACCGAGGACGUCCGUUGACGAGGAGGAAAUCCGGAUCAGAUAAACUCGGUCGGUGUGUAAACUCGAUACUCGAUUCAUCUCGAGAGAGGAGAAACCUAACUAUAUAAUUUGUUUUCUUUAACAGGUACACAG